AUGCCCGUGGCGCGCCGUAGUCUCGGCGAGGGUCAUAUCACCACGCUCAGGUUAAGGUGGGUUUACGCGGAGGCGCUCUACAAGGACGACGACGCCACGCUCGACGAUCUCCGCGAGGCCGUAACGACGCUCGAGGACUCGGAACGGACCGCGCGGCGCGUGUUUGGCGGCGAACACCCGCUCGCAGCGGGAAUUGGGCUAUUCCUGAGUGAAGCGCGGGCCGCGCUCCGCGCCCGCGAAGCGCCGGCCGCCGCGUAA